ACACAUCAUCUUUAGUUGGAAUAUUAUUUGUUUUGUUAGUAAAAGCUUUCCGGUUUGCGAAAAAAUGAGCAACGCAUCAGAAUAUUUCGAUUGGAAAUACUAUAUGCGCGAAACUAUAAUUUUCGCUGGUCAACAUCCUUACCUCUUCGUCUACUACGUUCUUCUCGCCCUAUCACCUUUAUUCGGAAUCAGCGCUUACCUGUCGUACAAAUUAGCGAAGGAUAUUGAAAGUCAGGAAAAGAAGAAGAAGAGGAAGAAGGAAAGAGAGGCAAAUAUUGCCAAAGCCCGAGGAAAAGACAAACCAGGCAGUUUGAAAGACAAGAAGAAAGAGGAUAAAAAGAAUAUGUGACAUCGGUCUAGGAAUGUGAUAACUAACAAUUUUAUGUAUGAAUUAACUCAGUCAUACACUAUAAAUUGAUAAGUUUAUUAAAUGUAAAAUAUUCCAAACUAUUUUUCAAAAAUUCAAAACUGAACAAUAAAACUAUUUAAAUAAAUAGUUUUGUUUAUGAGCUGC